AUGACUAGACAUACCUUACUUGACAUGGACUUUACAAAUAUGUGUGACCCCAUCCCUGUGUUGUGUCCAUCUGAUAACCAGCGAUAUGAAGCCAGUGCCUGUGCCCCAAACGAUAGCCCCGGAUCAUCAAACCCUCCACGUACUGUUUCGUCUAAAGAGGCGCCAUCUAGUAACUUAGAAGCGACUAUACUGCAUCAGUUAUCAACAGUAGUGGAACAAUUGGAACUGCAAAGAAAGAGAAUUGUCGAAAUUGCAGCUACAAAAACAUCGCCCGAUUCUGUGAAUAAUAUGUCUAAUAGUGAACAAGUAGUGAAUACAAAUGGGGCAGGGUACGUGGUAGGCGGAAUCAGUGGUGACUUCGCUGCAAAAUUAUUUGACAGAUUCGACAAUCUGUCUAAGGAAAUGGAAUUAUAUAGAAGUGAGGUGUUUGAUGUGAAAACUUGCCUAAAACAAGGUGUGAGUGCGGGGGGUGGUUACAACAAAUCGAACAACGUUACGUUUGGGCCGAAUUCUGGUGAAUAUAAUUUCGUUCCUAGUGUUACAUCUACACCGAAUACUAGAGGUGACGUCUCCGGGUCUGUGUGCCGUAAACCUGUGAGGACGCUCCAAGCUUAUGAUGGUAGUACAUCCUUCAUGGACUACAAUUGCCAUUUUCAACUUUGUGCUCAACUUAAUAAUUGGAGUGAAAAUGAGAUGGCUUUACAUUUAGCCACAAGUUUAAAGGGCAGUGCCCAGAAAGUGUUGACGUCGUUAAAGGUGGAAGAUCGUUUAAUUUAUUCAAAAGUUAUCGGUGCUUUAGAAGACAGAUUUUUACCCCAAAAUCAGUGUCAAUUAUACAGAGCCCAAUUGAAGGCCCGACAAAGAAAACCAAAAGAAAGUCUGCCCGAACUUGGGGAAGCAGUAAGGCGUUUGGUGACAAUGUCAUAUCCAUCUGCUGAUAGUGAAUUACUUCAAAUUUUAGCAAAGGAUGCCUUUUGUGAUGCUCUUUGUGACGAUGGAGAUAUGGUGUGGCAGAUUCAGAGAACCAGACCAACAAAUGUUGAGGAUGCUGUAAGGUUAGCCGUAGAGUUAGAGGCAAACCAAUCUCCAGGUAAUACCAAUAAUUAUAACACCAGUAGAGGGGCGACAAAUGGAAAUGGAAGUGCCAGUUUUAGAAUUCAGCGCUAUGACCAUAACAACAGAUGGCACUAUGCUCGUUCGGGUCAUGGUAGUCGUGCAAAUAAAAGAACCUUUUGCACCCCCAAUGAAACUGGUCUUCACAUAAAGAGUAUCAUACAAUCAGUGAAUGUAAAUGCCCUUAUUGAUACUGGGGCUACAAUAAGUUUCUUAUCAAAGAAGUCCUUCGAUUCUAUUCCACGAAAUAAUCGACCAGAACUAAAAUAUGUGGCUGCUAGAUAUAGUACAGCGAACGGUGGGCUUAUGGUCAUUUAUGGCAAAGCUGAUUUUUUAAUUGAAAUCUAUGGUCAUAACUAUCCCCAUACAUUGGUAGUGGCUGACAUUGGCUCUCAGUGCAUUCUUGGACUGGAUUUUAUGAAUGCCAAUGAAGGCACCAUCAAUCUGAAAAGAAAGACGAUAACGUUGAAUGGUAAUACAUACGAAAUUCAUCUAGAAGAACCUAUUGGUAUAUGUCGUGUGUCUCUGUGUGAAAAUACAUGUGUUCCAUCUGGACAUGAGGUGGUUGUUAAUGGAUAUAUCCCUUUGGAAUGUGUCGAAUUAGUUAAGUAUCGGGAUGUAAUGAUGGAGCCCAUUGAACGUCUGUAUAAAGAAAAGCGAAUCUUGUCGGCUAAAGCUAUUUGUUAUAUAAAUGAUGAUAACCCUUGGGUACCAGUGAGGUUAUUCAAUGCAAAUGAUUAUGAUGUCUUUUUUUAUAAAAACACCUCGGUUGGUGACUUAGUUCCAGUAAGAGUGGUUGAGACUGAGAGAGUAUCCCAAACACCCAAUAUUUGCCCAGAGUUACCACCUCAUGUUCUGGACUUGUGGGUUAGAGCUUGUGAGGGACGUAAACAGGUGGUUCAUGUAGAUCGGUUAAGAAUAUACAACCAACGUGACGAAGAAUCUGACAGUGAUGCACCAUGUGAACCGAUAGACGACUUCCUUGAUAGUGACGACAAUGUAGAUGCCGAUAGAGAUGCGUCAUGUGAACCGAUAGAUGACUCUCCUGACAGUGACUAUUGUGAUAGUAAUGUGGGUGGCGAUAAUGCGGAAUCGUUAAAUGUCCAGGGUUUUGCUCCUGUAACCUCUAGGUAUGAAAGAGUACGCCGACAACCUGCUUAUCUCGACACAUAUGUAAUGUGUGUUUCUUCUAUUCCAAGGAAGUUGGGCGAGGAUGAUGAGAAGAAGAAGCAUGAUAAUAGGAAGAUGGGCGAGAGGAAGAAGGAUGAUGAGAAGAAGAAGGAUGAUGAGAGGAAGAAGGAUGAGAAGAAGAAGGGUGGUGAUAGGAAGAAGGACGAGAGGAAGAAGGACGUUGGGAAGAAGGAUGAUGAGAGGAGACAGGAUUACCAGAAUGAUGACCAGGUUGUUGAGAAGAAGCUUGACAAGAAGGAUGGUGCGAAAAAGAAGGAUGAUUACAAGACGAAGGAUGAUAGCGAUAUAGAUGAUGGGAAGAAGGCUAAUAGAGAGAUAGAUGACGAGAAAAGGGUUGAUGAAGAUAUAGAUGGUGGGGAUAAGGAUGAUAGUGAUGGAGAAGAUAAAAGAUUUAGAAUGGAAGAUAAAGGUGGUUUGUUGAGGAUGAUAAGGCUGGACAAAGAGUUGGGUGGUGCGCCUAAUCUUAAUUUCUCUUUAUAUAGUGAUAUUAGUGAAGAGAGUAGUGCAGGUGGAGACUCUUUGGAAACGUCGGGUGAUGGUGAGGAAGUAGAGGAGAAAGAAGGAGGGAAAGUGGAUAGAGCUACAGAGACGAAAGUGGAGACAGGGGAAACGGGGACGCAGUGUUGUAUGGUGAGGUAUAAGAAGAUUGUGGAAGUAGAGAGUAUGACGGAGGAUGGGGAGAGCAGGACAGUGAGAGUAGAGACGGAUUUUCUCGCUAUAUAA